AUGGCCACCUCCAUACCGGAGAUCCCACUGCCACCACGCACACCCACUCCGCCUCCCGACGACGGCCCAGGCCCGAGCGUCGACCGCUCUCCUCUCCGUUUUGAUCCCACCUCGCUCUCCCCCCACCAUCGCGACGACAUGGAAUCAGCAAAGACGUCGUAUUUCACGCCCACGAGUCCCGAGAAGAGCAGUGACGGGCCCUUCAACUUCCAGCCCGCGACGCUGGCGAAGUCGCCGGUUGCGAUUAAAUCGAACAUUGGCCAGCGACGAGGCCACAAGUACAAGCACUCCAGUGUGUCACACCAGAUCUUCCUUGAGCCGCCCGUGCGCGCACCCCUCGCGCUUCCGAAUUCGCUGCCGAUACCGACGUGGAAAGAGCUCCGCACCAGCUUGACCAAGGAUCAGAAGGUGCGCUUCUACUGGAGUCUGUGCCACAUGACGGUGGCGGCAUAUACGGCUUGGAACACACAUGGAUCGGCGGGGAUGCAGGCGCUCUCACACUUGAUAUUCUACGACUCGCUCGGGGCACUACUGGUCGUGUUUGUGGAAGUGUUUUCCAACUUCGAAGUUUGGGGUCGGUCGAGCAUACGACAUCCGUUCGGGCUACAGAGGAUGGAGGUCAUUGCGGGGUUUGCCCUGUCGAUUCUGCUCAUCUUCUUUGGCUUUGAUUUGAUCUCUCACAAUGCCAAACAUGCGCUGGAGGGGAUUGGCCAUGUCCCGCACCAUGCUCACAAGCACGAGCGGGUCAACGCUGGCACCGUCGACUUUACAGCCGCCAUUGCUCUUGGCUCGACUUUGAUAUCAGCCGUGGGCUUGAAGAACCAUGCUCGCAUUGGCAAGGCCAUGCGUUUCGCGGCGAUGGAGAACCUCAACCUUCCGACAACUCUCACCAACCCUUCACACUUCCUGACCCUCUCCUGCUCCGCCAUUCUCCUGAUAUUGCCUCUACUCUCUCUCCAUCUCUAUGAGUGGAUCGAUAAACUUCUCAGCCUUACGAUCGCAACAUCAAUGCUGUUCCUUGGUGUCCACCUAGGCAAGAACGUCGGGUCUAUGCUGCUGAUGUCGUACCCUGGCAGUGGCGUGCCCGGCGUGAUCAGCGCCAUCGAAGCUGACCCAAUGGUCCGCAGCGUAGAGCACGCCAAAUUUUGGCAGGCUCACUACGGCGUGAGCAUGGCCAACUUGCGACUGAAGGUCAUUGGCAGUGAAGAUGACCAGUUAAAGCUCCGGGAGCGCAUCACCAGCCUCAUCCGCAACCGCCUCUCUGGUGGCUAUGGCCAAGGCGGUCAGCGCUGGGAAGUGAGCGUGCAGUUCAGGGCCGAGCCCGUCUCGCAAGGCGUCAGUUAUGGGCAUUACCUUCAUGCCACAUAG